CUCUCUUUCUCCUCUCUCUCUCUCUCUCUCUUAAAAUCUGAAUUCUGGUAAUCAUUUUCUCGUUCAAUUCCGGCGACGAUUACCGGGGAGUGUUUUCCGAUGACGGUCUGCUUUAUUGAAAGAGAUAAUUCCAUGCUUCUGCAAGUCAUUAUCUAGGUGAAGAACUAUCCUUUCUCUGAAGUGCAGUAUGAUUGCAGCAACUGCAAUGCAUGAGAGCUGAUUGUCUUGUAUUACCAUAAACGUCUUAAAGAGCUUAAAAGCAGAUUUUCUUCUCGGCUUUUUUUCUUGUUCUGCACACCUUUAAAUCAUAAUUGUUAUAAAGAGCUGAAAAGCAGAGUAUCUCUUUCCGGCUGGUUUUCUUGUUGUGCACAGGAUGGCGUGUGAAGAAAUUCUGAAGGCUGUCUUCCCAUUUCUGGAGGGUACUGAACUGGCUGCAUGUAUGAUAGUGUGCAAACAGUGGCGAGAUAUAGCACGAGAUGAUUACUUCUGGAAAUGUCUUUGUUCUAGAAAAUGGCCAUCAAUUUGCAAACGGUUGUCACCUCCCACUGUAACCUACUAUAAUCUAUUUCAGAACUUUCAUAAACGUCCAUACCGCCGGACUGUUCUCCCUCCGAAACUUUCCUUCAGUGACUUGGAGUUCUACAUUGACAUAUGGACUGAAGAGAAAAUAAUAUUUUCAGAUGUGGUCCCAGGGCCUGUUCUUCAGAAGGGAAUCUGGAUCCCACCUCCUGGAAUCUGUGAUGUGCUUAGGUUCCACUUGGAAGGGCCUGAAUACAAGAUGACUCUACCUGUGGAACCAAGAUUCACAAUUCCUUUGUGCCAGACCGUCAGUGUCUCUGUGCUUGUUGGGCGCAAAGAUGCAAAUAAAGUUGCAUGCAUUAUCAAGAAGUCCCUUUUUGAUUAUAUAGAUCGAACAGCAUAUCGGGCUUUAGCUUUUGACUAUCUUGACUUCUCCUCUCCUAUGUUCUUGUUUGUAUCGGGUGUUCGGGCAUGGAUAUCAUUGCUGUUCAUGGACCAUGGUAAUGAGGGGGCACUUGAUGUUUUUGGGAUUGAGAUGGAUUUCUGUGACGCUGCCAAUUCUGAAGACGAGGUCCUUUGGCUUCUAGACAUGCUGGAGUGGAAGUAAGUUCCGUGGCUAUCAGAUAUCUGUCAGGCGGCCAGUCGCCUAGUUGUAGUUUGUCCACUUUGGCUAAAACUUGUACAUAGUUAUGCUGCAACAGUGGACGACCAUUUAAGUUGUGCACUAUGCUGAUUUCCAACAUAAAGUUAUUUUUUCUUUAGUACAGUUCUAGUUUUAUCGUUGGAAGAAUUCACAAUAAGAUCGUAUAUCAUUUCAUGUAUUAAUUAUCUAUGACUUCUGCCUCAAAACCUGUUCAUCUGUUUCA